UAUGGAGCAGCAAUGAGUCUAUCUCAAAUAAAUUUGUUUUGGUCAUUCGUUGUUUCGAGUGUUUCUAUUGGAGCUAUUAUUGGCUCCUUAUUAACAAGAUAUGUGGCCGAACGCUUUGGCCGUCGCAAUGGUCUCUUAGCGAAUGGCAUAAUGAAUGUUUUUGGUGCAUUAAUAGUGACGUUAACAAAAACGUUACAAUCGCCUGAACUGUUAAUACUUGGUCGAAUUAUUCUGGGUGUUAGUAUGGGUCUUACGUCGGGUCUUGUACCGAUGUACUUGAUGGAGAUUACCCCAAUGCAACAUCGAGGCGUAGCUGGCACUGUACACAUGGUUGCUGUUUCAUUCUCUGAUUGGUUCUCUCUGUUGAUCGGUCUCCCCGAAGUUAUGGGUAGCGAUAGUCUUUGGCCUUUGGCAUUCGGCUUCCCCGGUUUACAAGCAUUUGCACUUUGCAUUGUACUUCCGUUCUGUCCAGAAAGUCCCAAAUAUUUAUUGGCUGUGUCACACAAUGAGAAAUUGGCGCUUAAUUCAGUGCGAAAACUAGUGGAUGAAGAGAAUGCAGAACCUUUUUAUGAUGCAAUCGUCAGAGAAAUAACAACUUCUGAGGUGAAAAAAGGAUCUUGUCUUGACUUAUUGCGUCGCAGUGAUCUACGAAUUCCAAUGAUUGUAUCUGUACUGAUGAUGUUGUCACAACAGUUCACCGCAUGUACUGUUAUAUUCGCGUACAGUACAGAUAUGUUCAAGAAUGCCAAAUUAAGCGCCAGCGCAGCCCGAUACAGUACUCUCGCAAUCGGUAUUGUCUACUUUAUAUUUGCAUGUUUUGCACCGUUGCUGAUCGAACGAGUUGGUAGAAGGUGUUUAUCAAUAUUCCAACUUAUCUCGUGUAAUAUCGCCCUCAUACUUCUCGCUGUCUUCACUGCAAUCGAAAAUCACGCUACGGUAAUUUUGGCUUAUGCGAAUAUCUAA